AUGUCAGGAUGCAUGCAGAGAAUUAACCUACCGUGGGCGAAGUUACUGAACGUGACCACUGAUGGCUGUCCAAACCUCACCGGGAAGAACACUGGGCUAUUGCGUAGGAUACAGGACAGGGUGAGAGAGUGACCCCACCCCAACUCAACUCUGAUUUUCUUGCACUGCAUCAUUCAUCAGGAAGCCUUGUCUAAGUCGGUGUUAAAGCUUGAUCACGUCACCAAAACUGUGGUGAAACUUGUCAAUUUCAUCAGGGCCCGGGCGCUUAACCACCGCCAGUUUAUCCAGUUGUUGGAGGAGAGUGAGGCAGAACACACUGAUGUCCCAUACCACUCAAACGUCCGCUGGCUGAGUCUGGGCACAGUGCUACGCCGUGUGUGGGACCUGAGACGUCAGAUAGGGGUGUUUCUGGAGAAUGUCGGGAAGGCUGGUGACUUUCCAGAACUUGAAGAUUCCGAUUGGAUGCUUGACUUUGCCUUUGCUGUGGAUUUAAUGGGCCAUUUGAAUGACCUCAAUCGGAAGCUGCAGGGGAAGGAUGUGUUCGUGCACAAACUGUAUUCCUACGUGCGAGCAUUCAGAGCAAAUUAG